UCAGUCAUCGUCGAGGCGUCGUCGGGCAGAUUUCUUUCAAGGCGUAGCUCUACGCGAAUUUAUAGUUCCGGUUCGUGUACACACUUGAAUGAGUGUUCUCAUAAACCACCCCUGUGCGGAUUAAUAUAAAUUCAUAAAAUCUUCAUCAAAAUUUGGAUUACAUUUUUGGAUUAUCACACUUAAUUGGAUUACAUUGGAUAAAACGAGCAAUUUUGUUUGGAUAUUUUGCCAACUCUAACGUUCGCACCAACAACGCGCGUAAAUUCGCUUGCGUUCGCGGCGUUCCGUUAAUAAAAAAAAAUAAUAAUAAAACUAACUUAAUACAAAAUCUCGUGUUCGUCCGGGUCAGCUCUAAACAACAGCGAUCUUUCGAUAGGAUCCAUCGAUCGAGUGUGUGGUGUCUAAAUUAAAUUUAGUAUUAUUGUGAAGUGCUAUAAUUGAAAAAUUAAUAAAUUGAUAACAAAAAAAAAUAGAGUUAAGAAAUUAAGUGCUAAAAAAUUUGUAUACCCAUCUAUAGGUAUAUAUUAUAAAAUCAAGUGUUAAGUGCUUCGAGUGAAGAAAAUUAAUUCUAGGAUUAAAAUUAAAUCAACCUCGCUAAUACAUCAGAAGCAGAAAAACUCCAUUAAAAUGGGAUAUUCUAUUAUAAAGUGGAUAACUUUUAUUGCAGCAUUUAUUGCUCUAGGUAACGCCGGCAAUCCCCCAGAUGCCGACCAAAAAGGACCCGCUUUCCUCAAAGAACCAACCAACCGAAUCGAUUUCUCCAAUUCAACCGGUGCCGAAGUUGAAUGCAAAGCCAGCGGAAACCCCUUGCCCGAAAUAAUUUGGAUCCGAAGUGACGGUACAGCGGUUGGUGACGUUCCUGGUUUGCGGCAAGUGUCAUCUGACGGCAAAUUGGUAUUCCCACCGUUCCGUGCCGAAGACUACCGCCAGGAAGUUCAUGCCCAGGUUUAUGCGUGUUUGGCAAGAAAUCAAUUUGGAUCGAUAAUUUCACGAGAUGUUCACGUUAGAGCCGUUGUUCCCCAAUCGUACACCGUUAAUGUUAUGGAUGAAGCUGUCCUACGUGGCAAUAGUGCAAUUUUAAAAUGUCAUAUACCAAGUUUUGUAGCUGAUUUCAUUUCGGUUUCAUCGUGGGUUGAAGAUGAAGAAAGAGAGAUAUUUUCAACAAAUGAUGCAGGACAGUUUCCUAUUGACGGAAAAUACUUAGUUUUACCAUCUGGUGAAUUACAUAUUCGUGAAGUUGGACCUGAAGAUGGCUACAAGAGUUACCAAUGUCGUACCAAACAUCGUUUAACUGGCGAAACUAGAUUGAGUGCUACUAAGGGACGAUUGGUAAUUACAGAACCCGUUGGAAGUGUUGCUCCAAAAAUCAAUUUACUUGAAAAAUUUAGAAACAUGGAAGUACAAGCAGGCGAAAACUAUGCUAUGCUGUGUCCAGGGCAAGCGUAUCCCGUGCCAGUUGUAAGGUGGUAUAAAUUUAUCGAAGGAACAACCCGUAAACAAGCCGUUGUCUUAAACGAACGUGUCAAGCAAGUAUCUGGAACCCUGAUAAUCAAAGAUGCUGUUGUUGAAGAUUCUGGCAAAUACCUUUGUGUGGUGAAUAAUUCAGUUGGAGGUGAGAGUGUUGAGACUGUUCUUACCGUCACAGCUCCAUUAUCAGCCAAAAUCGAUCCACCCACACAAACUGUUGAUUUCGGACGUCCAGCUGUUUUUACUUGUCAAUAUACCGGAAACCCAAUCAAAACAAUUAGCUGGCUUAAGGAUGGCAAGAAAAUUGGACAUAGUGAUGCAGUUUUGCGAAUUGAAUCGGUAAAGAAGGAAGACAAAGGCAUGUAUCAGUGUUUCGUACGUAAUGACCAAGAAAGUGCUGAAGCUAGUGCUGAAUUGAAAUUGGGUGGUCGUUUCGAUCCACCUGUUAUUCGUCAAGCAUUCCAAGAGGAAACCAUGCAUCCUGGACCAAGUGUAUUUUUGAAGUGUAUCGCCGGCGGUAAUCCAACACCUGAAAUCUCAUGGGAACUCGAUGGCAAGAAAAUCGCAAACAAUGACAGAUACCAAGUUGGACAAUAUGUUACAGUCAAUGGUGAUGUUGUGUCAUAUUUGAAUAUUACAUCGGUUCAUGCAAACGAUGGUGGUUUAUACAAGUGCAUAGCAAGCAGUAAAGUUGGAACUGCUGAACAUUCAGCUAAAUUGAACGUCUAUGGAUUGCCCUAUAUCAGACAAAUGGAAAAGAAAGCGAUUGUUGCCGGAGAGAAUUUGAUCGUAACAUGCCCAGUUGCUGGAUAUCCAAUUGAUUCAAUUGUUUGGGAAAGAGACAACCGUGCAUUGCCUAUCAACCGAAAACAAAAGGUUUUCCCCAAUGGAACACUGAUCAUUGAAAAUGUCGAAAGGAAUUCUGAUCAAGCUACUUACACUUGUGUUGCAAAGAAUGCUGAGGGAUAUUCCGCACGUGGUUCAUUGGAAGUGCAAGUCAUGGUUUUACCACAAAUUUCACCCAUUCAAACGGAUGACAUUAUAAAUACCGACGAUUCUAUUGACUUAAUGUGUCAAAUAUCAAAAGGUGAUCGACCAUUAAAAAUUAACUGGAGUUUCGAGCGAUAUGCCAGCGAUAGUAGAAUCAACGAAACGCAACCUGUAAUGCGUACCCAUCGCAUAAGUCCAAAAUCAAGUAUUUUAUCAAUUCCAAAAGCAACACCGGCUCACACUGGCACAUAUAUUUGUACUGCCACAAAUUUUGCUGGUCAAUCGUCGCAAAGUGUAAAUCUUACAGUCAAUGUACCACCAAGAUGGAUUUUGGAACCAACUGACAAAGCCUUCGCUCAAGGAUCUGAUGCUAAAGUUGAAUGCAAAGCUGAUGGCUUCCCAAAACCCUCUGUUACAUGGAAACGAGCUGUUGGUGAUACUCCCGGAGAAUACAAAGACUUAAAAAAGAACGAUAAUAUUCGCGUAGAAGAAGGCACACUCCUCAUCGAUAACAUUCAAAAGAACAACGAAGGCUAUUAUCUUUGCGAAGCUAUCAACGGAAUUGGAUCAGGACUCUCGGCUGUGAUUAUGAUCAGCGUACAAGCCCCACCAGAAUUCACUGAAAAACUCCGUAACCAAACUGCCAGACGUGGAGAACCAGCUGUAUUGCAAUGCGAAGCUAAGGGCGAGAAACCAAUUGGAAUUUUGUGGAACAUGAACAAUAUGCGAUUGGACCCUAAGACCGACAACCGAUACACAAUUCGCGAAGAAAUCCUAUCCACUGGUGUUAUGUCAAGCCUUUCCAUCAAACGUACUGAACGAUCAGACUCUGCCCUCUUCACAUGCGUUGCAACCAAUGCCUUCGGAAGCGAUGAUGCAAGCAUAAAUAUGAUUAUUCAAGAAGUUCCUGAGAUGCCAUAUGCCUUGAAAGUCCUCGACAAAUCUGGACGUUCCGUACAAUUGAGCUGGGCACAACCCUACGAUGGCAAUUCACCACUUAACCGAUAUAUCAUUGAAUUCAAGCGAUCACGUGCAUCAUGGGAUGAGAUCGAUCGAGUCAUGGUACCUGGACACACCACCGAAGCACAAGUACAAAAGCUUAGCCCUGCCACAACAUACAACAUUCGAAUUGUCGCUGAAAACGCCAUUGGAACAUCACAAUCUAGCGAAGCUGUUACAAUUAUCACUGCCGAAGAAGCACCAUCUGGCAAGCCAGCAAACAUUAAAGUCGAACCUGUAAAUCAGACAACAUUGCGAGUAACAUGGAAGCCCCCAGCACGUAACGAAUGGAAUGGUGAAAUUUUGGGAUACUAUGUCGGCUACAAACUAUCAAAUACCAAUAGCUCAUAUGUUUUUGAAACUGUUAACUUUUUGACCGAAGAAGGCAAGGAACACAGCUUGGAAUUAAAUAAUCUGAGAGUCUACACACAAUACUCGGUUGUCAUUCAGGCAUUCAAUAAAAUCGGAGCUGGGCCAAUGAGCGACGAAGAGAAACAAUUCACUGCCGAAGGCACACCAAGCCAACCACCAAGCGACACUGCCUGCACUACAUUGACAUCACAAACUAUUCGCGUUUCAUGGGUCAGUCCACCACUGGAAUCAGCAAAUGGAGUAAUUAAGACUUAUAAGGUUGUGUAUGCACCAAGCGAUCUGUGGUAUGAUGAAACCAAACGUCACUACAAAAAGACUGCAUCCUCUGACACUGUUUUACACGGCUUGAAGAAAUACACUAACUACACAAUGCAAGUUUUGGCUACAACUGCUGGAGGUGAUGGUGUUCGAAGUGCUCCAAUUCAUUGUCAAACUGAACCAGAUGUUCCUGAAGCCCCCACCGAUGUAAAAGCCUUAGUUAUGGGUCAUGAAGCUAUCCUCGUAUCAUGGCGUCCACCAGCACAACCCAACGGUGUCAUUCAGCAAUAUACUGUAUAUUCUAAAGUCGAAGGAGCCGAAGGUGAACCAAAGAGCAAGAAAAUCCCACACUAUCAAAUGAGCUUAGAAGCAAACGAAUUGGAAAAGAACAAGCCAUACGAAUUCUGGGUUACUGCCAGCACAAAUAUUGGAGAAGGUCAACCCUCAAAGAGUAUCGUUGCCAUGCCAAGUGAUCAAGUUCCUGCUAAGAUUGCCUCAUUCGAUGACACAUUUACUGCCACAUUCAAGGAAGAUGCUAAGAUGCCAUGUUUAGCUGUUGGAUCACCUACACCUGAUAUUACCUGGAAAAUCAAGGGAAUCGAAUUCACACCAAAUGACCAUAUGCGAUUGUUGCCCGAUGGAUCACUUUUAAUUAAAUCAGCUACUCGUCAAGAUGCCGGAGAAUAUUCGUGCCAUGCUGAAAAUUCUAUUGCCAAGGACUCGAUUACUCACAAAUUGAUUGUACUAGCUCCACCUCAAUCACCACAGGUUUCAAUAACUGCAACAACAACUGAUGCCUUGACUGUCAAAUUGAAGCCCCAUGAAGGUGACUCAGCUCCACUCCAUGGAUAUACAUUACACUACAAACCAGAAUUUGGCGAAUGGGAAACUGCUGAAGUAUCAGUCGAAGCUCAAAAAUAUACAAUUGAAAAUCUCUUCUGCGGAUCAAGAUAUCAAGUCUAUGCUACUGGAUUUAAUAACAUUGGAGCUGGAGAAGCCUCUGACAUUCAAAACACACGCACAAAAGGACAAAAACCAAAAACACCAGAAAAGUCACGAUUCAUUGAAGUCUCAUCGAAUUCAGUAAGCUUACAUUUCAAGGCAUGGAAAGAUGGUGGUUGCCCAAUGUCUCACUUUGUUGUUGAAAACAAGAAACGCGACCAAACCGAAUGGAAUCAAAUCUCAAAUAAUGUCAAGCCCGAUAAUAACUACGUUGUCCUAGAUCUCGAACCAGCUACAUGGUAUAACUUACGUAUCACAGCACACAAUUCAGCUGGCUUUACAGUUGCUGAAUAUGAUUUUGCUACAUUAACUGUAACUGGAGGUACUGUUGCCCCAUUGGACGAUGGCAUUGGCACUGCGAAUAUCCAUACAAGGAUCCGGAUGCCAGCAUGGAUGCCAGAAUGGUUAGAUUUGAACUUUAUGGUGCCAUUGAUUGCAACAUGCAUUGUUGUUGCGGUGGGUAUACUAGUUGUGUGUGUAGCGCUAUCAAGACGAAGAGCUGAUGACAUGCGUGGCGGACAAAAGGAUGUUUACUACGAUGUAGUUUACAAUCAGACAAUGGGACCUGGAGCUACUUUGGACAAGAGGCGACCAGACUUGCGUGACGAAUUGGGUUAUAUUGCACCACCAAACAGGAAGCUGCCACCCGUACCCGGAUCCAAUUACAACACUUGCGACAGGAUUAAGCGAGGUACAGUUAUAAUAGGCCGUGGCAUGCGUUCAAACCACUCUACAUGGGAUCCCCGUCGUCCAAUCUACGAAGAAUUGAAGCCACCACCAGUACCAAGACAUUAUGGUCACAGUCAUGGUAAUGAAGAAUGCUAUUACAGACAUCCAGGUAUGGAAGAUGAGAUCUGCCCCUAUGCCACUUUCCACUUGCUCGGCUUCCGUGAAGAAAUGGACCCCACCAAGGCGAUGAACUUCCAGACUUUCCCCCAUCAAAACGGACACACCGGACCAGGACAUGCCGGAACUAUGGGACCACCAGGACAUCCAGGACACGUACACUCCCGAUCAGGCUCACAAUCUAUGCCACGUGCUAACCGAUAUGCCCGCAAGAACAGCCAAGGAGGACAGAGCUCAAUUUACACACCCGCACCUGAAUAUGAUGAUCCUGCUAACUGUGCUGAAGAAGAUCAAUACCGCCGUUAUACCCGUGUGAACUCACAAGGAGGAAGUCUAUAUAGCGGACCUGGACCCGAAUAUGAUGACCCAGCUAACUGCGCACCUGAAGAAGAUCAAUAUGGCUCACAAUACGGCGGACCAUACGGUACACCAUACGAUCACUACGGAUCUCGCGGAUCUGUUGGACGUCGCAGUGUCGGAUCAUAUCGUCAUAUGCCAGGUAAUGGAUCUCCUGAACCCCCACCACCACCACCACGCAACCAUGACAUGAGCAACUCUUCCUUCAAUGACUCCAAGGAGAGCAAUGAGAUCUCAGAAGCUGAAUGUGAUCGUGAUCAUGGACCACGAGGAAAUUAUGGCGAAGACUCCAAGGAGGCUAAACGAUCCCCGCAUCAAAAGGAUCAACGUACAACUGAAGAAAUGCGAAAAUUAAUCGAAAGAAACGAAGCCGGCGCAAAACAAUUCCAACAACAAAGUGGCGCAGGAUUCACAGCCUACGAUACUAUGGCAGUGUAAUUUGUAAACUCGCAACAUCAUUAAUUAAACAUCAAAUAAUUAAAAAAAAAAAAACAAAAACAACAACAUACAUCAUAUUAAUAAUUUAAAACAAACAAAACAAAAUCGACUAAAAAUUAAAUAUGUUUUAAUUAUUAUAAUAUACAUAUUAUUAAAUAUUAAUAAUAAAAUUAAUAUUAUGCAUAACAAUUGUAUACAUACACACAAACAACACACUCACAAUUUAUACAUACUAUAUACAUCAUGAAAAAAUUUUAAAAUUAAAAACAAAAAUUGUGUAUUCAAAUAGACACCACAUUUAAAAUUAAAUUAUAUUAAAAUUAAAAAAUAUAAAAUAGUUUUCUAUAUAAAUUGAGUAAAAUUUUGAAUUUGAGUUCGCAUUAUGUGUGUUUUUGGAAAUGGAGACUAGAUGCAUAAUAUAUGUAGUUGAAAAAAUUGCCAUUUUUGUUUUAUACACAAUAAUAAUUACACAAAAAAGUAGUAAUUUUAAUUAUUCAUAUUUAUCGAUUUUAUAUAAAACUAAGAUAAUUAUGUGUGUAGAGAUAUCCUCGUGUUUUUAGUUUUUAUUCGUUGUGAUUUGUAUAAGUUAUUUAUGAUUUAUUUUUUAAAUAACAAAAAUGAAAAGGGCAAGCAGUGAUAAUGCAAAGAAAAAGGUACUAGAAUGAUAUGUAAGAGAGCCCCUAAUAAAAUGGAAAUAAAGACUAAAUCAAAGCUUUUUGAAAAAAAGUCUCCAAAAAUACAUUUUUUUAUAUUUUAUCUAAGUAUAACGAGUAAUUAAAAUAGUUAUACAAAUUUUUAGUCAUUUGUAAUUUUUUAGUCGUUUUAGUCAUGUAAGUUUAUUACCUAUUAUUAUAAUAAUU